AUUCAUCCCAACUAUGCUCAACAUUUACAAAACACCAUUCAACAAGAUGGUUAUUUUAAAACUGGACACCAUAAUUUUUAUAUUUGCACCUUUCUUAAGCUCUGUGUUGGAUGCUGCUGUGCCGUACAGGGAUUUUACGACCCAAACGAUUUACGAGAAGAAAGAUAAUUGCUUGCACGAAAUUUGGUACUAAAUUUCAAGCAUAAUGAUUCAGCGAACGAUCUUCCAGAGGCACCAAGCAGAAUUCAAAUAAAUCCCUCAGACAUGACAAUACAGUGGUGGAUGCCAAGUACUAAAUUUCUAAAAUAUGUAAUGCUGGAAAUACUUUAUUUGGAAAAGGUUGAUGAAAAAUUUGAAGUAAAACGUGAACAUGUAUUGAUCAACAUCAACAUCACACAUCACUCUGGUCAUCAGUUCAGAAAGGACGAUUUUGUAUCGUACACCUGCCUUAAUGUGAACCAAGCUACAAUAAAAGUAGACGCCAAACUGUGGGCAUUGGGUCUAGACACACGGCUCGAAGGCCACGACCUGACUGCUUCAGUCAGCAAAUAUAGUGAAGUCAGGAAACCUGCAUCGGCACGUGUAUCCAUGGAUUAUAAUAGUAGAAUAGCAGCCCAUGAGAAAUGUGUUUGCAAAACCAAAUUAUCAAUAUCAGCAACGCCUCUACAUUCAAAUAUGAGAGCAACUAUCAGUGCUGUUGACGGUACUCUUCCAAAGAUGACAUUAAAACUUGUCAGAAGUAUGAAAUACAGCGAAGAAACAUUUCUGGUUAGUCCAGAACGCGGGCAGACAAAUAUUACACAACAGUUUGAUGAAAGACCUCAACAAGAUGUCGGAUAUAACAUUUUGGUGAUUCCUGAAUGCCCUUUGGUGCAAGGUUAUUUACCGUCAUGUGGGCUCAUUGAACCAGAUCGGAUCAUUUCCAGCAAAAUCGUGUACCACCAAGAAAAAAGAAGAGAACAGCGACACGCUAUAACUCAUAUAUGCCGAGAAAAAAAGCAUAGAAAAAACACUCAUCUGCGAGAUGACAACUUCACAUAGUUUAGAAAUCCGGAGGACGACAGUAAUGAGGUUAUCGACUACAAGUAAAUAUGACGAAUUACAAUGCAGCAACAUUGUUUUCUAUAAUGUAUUUUCUUGAAUUUACAAUCUCGAAUAAAGUCAUAUAUUUGGUUUA